GGCGUCGAUAAGCACAUCAUCACCGACUUUGAAUGGAUGAUCCAUUCUCGAUCGGUUCGCACGUGCUGCCAUGCGAGUCUGGGAAGCGGCUAUGUGCUAAUGUGCGGUUUUCAUAAUCGACGUCAUGUGUGCAACCCAAUCAUCCAGCGCGGGACAACUCGUGUCAGGGUGCAUCUGGGACAGUUGAAGGAAGUUCGUGGGAACAUGAGGGUGAAAGCCGAGGUCGCAAUAGUAAGGCGACAUCCCCGUGGCUGGCGAGACGGCGUGGUUGUAGGCUAUCUCCGCGUGGGCAAGAUGAAGAUCCCACUGCUGGUCAUCACGAAUAAUAUUUCGAAGAAUCUCUCCGAGAGUCCUGUUCGUGAUCUCGGUCUGACCAUCAGUUUAAAGAUGGUGAGACGAGGAGAAGCGGAGCUGAGUGUCGUAUACCUCGUGGAGUCGUCGCCAGAAUCGGCUGGUAAAGCACGGGUCACGGUCAGAUAUGAUGCUCAGAGGUAAGCCAUGGUCACGCACGACUCGGUCGAACACGAUGUCGGCGACCUCAUGUGCACUGAUGGCAUAGCGGCACGGAACAAAGCGUGCACGCUUCG